AUUGGUGGUGCUAUAACUCAUAACCAGUAGCAAACGUGUUUUUUGCGUGAGGGUAGCAAAGUUAUAGGUUUUUUACGGCUAUAUUUGUGCGACUAAUUAUUUGUUUUGUGAAGAUCGGAUGAAUCAGGAUGCCUAAGGUUAUUUCUCGAAGUAUUGUGGUGUCUGACAACAGAGAAAAGGAGGAAUAUGAAAAAGACAGACCACUACAAACCUACUUUUGCUUAUGCGGUCAAAUGGUCCUGAUCAUUGAUUGUUCAAUGGAGAAGCUUCCUCUCAGAAAAACAGACAACGCCAGAGUUAUUGACAGCGCGAAACAUGUCCACAAAUUAACCUGCGAUGCAGAUGAAACCAUUCAUCUCAGAAGGCCUGGAGGCAUUGAAAAGCAGUUUAGGAAAAAAUGUAAAAAAUGUGGCUUGUUCCUCUUCUAUCAACACAAAGAAAAGGAUGCAACAGUAACGUUCAUCGUCGAGGGCGCUGUUUUUGAACCCGAUAAGGGGCCAGUCAAAGAACCGCUCGUCAUACAGAAAGCUGUACCCAAAAAGGUGAUGUUAACCAAGAAGACAAAAGAGAUGGGCAAGUAUGCCUCGGUAACCGUCUCAACCAUCGAUGAAGAGGAAGAUGAGAUUGAAGCCCGUGAGAUUGCCGACUCCUAUGCCAGCAAUGCUCGAGUCAUUGAGAAACAACUGGAGAGAAAAGGCAUGGCUAAGAGAAAAACAGACGAGGCAUUGAGAGAAGAAUUUGCCAAGAAAGCAAGAACAAAAGGAACACUGAUCGACAAGGACAAGUGAUUGUAGCCUUUGUUAAGCUUGAAGACAGUUGUGGAGAGAUUUGUCGAGGAUAGACAGUUGUGCAAACUACAGUGGCUGAAAUAUUGCUAGACUUGUCAUAGGCUGUGCAUCGGAACCGGGUACCCGAGUACGAGACCGUUAAUAUCGGGAACCGGUUCCAGAUUAUGGAAUCAGGUACCUGUAACCAACU